AUAACCUAAUACGACAAAAUGCUUUGUUUAUUAUUGCGGCAAGCUAGGAUUUCUGGAAGUAUUAUUACAAAAAAUAUCCAACAAAUUCCAAGAAUAUCAUCAUUUCCAUCGCUACACACAACGUCAAUACAAAGACAUGGUGAAUAUGAAUGGCAAGAUCCUAAAUCAGAAGAUGAAAUUGUACGAGUUACCUAUAUUGAUAAAAAUGGCAAACGAACUGAGGUGAAAGGAAAAGUUGGUGAUAAUGCUUUAUAUUUAGCCCAUCGUUAUGAAAUUGAAAUGGAGGGAGCUUGUGAAGCAUCUUUAGCAUGCACCACAUGUCAUGUAUAUGUACAUGAUGAUUAUUUAGACAAAUUACCAGAAGCUGAGGAAAAAGAAGACGAUUUAUUAGAUAUGGCUCCCUUCCUCAAGGAAAACUCACGAUUAGGAUGUCAAAUAGUUCUAAAGAAAGAACUAGAUGGCAUCGAAUUAACAUUACCGAAGGCUACUCGUAACUUUUAUGUUGAUGGCCACACACCAAAACCUCAUUAAAAUCACUUUGAAUUGAUAUUUUAUUUUGUUGUUGUAAAGACUGUUUAACAAAUUAUUAUUUUCGUUUGUUUUUCAAAGCUAUUAAAAAUGGAAAUCAUGAACCCAUUAAAAAUUAUUAUUAUUCAUAAUAUAUUUCUAAAUUUUUAAUCAAAUUAUAUUUAAAAAUUUAUUAUGGAUAAGGCCAUUAAUCAAUAUUAAUAAAAUAAUAGCGUUUCAUCUUAAAUGACAAACUCAAUAACUACUGCAUCAAAUGGGAA